CACUCUGAGAUCACACAGAGCAAUCACUACAGCUCAGAUAAAGGUGAUCCCCUCAUUCCAUCACUAACUUCUAAUAUAGAACAUCCAGUGCUGUGAAUCAAUGGGCUCUGCAAGAACAAGUCUAUCACUCCUCCAGCAAAGGGAAGCAUAGCACUAUGUAUCUACUUAAAUCUGGACUUCUGAUGUCUCUAAGCCACCUACCUGCACAGUGAUUGGAGAGGGGAGAUUGCCUGUUGCUGAUCCACAGGGAAGCUGCCUAAUUGCACUGAGAGACUACAUGUUGUAGCUGUGCACUUUUAAAGGACAUAUUUCACAAUUUAUACAGAUGCACCUGAUUUGGGGGAAACAGGGACUCUGCUGAAGGCAGGGACAGGAUAAAUAAUUCUGUCCAUUCUGUCAGGUGGAUAGGAUACCUGAAGACUCUAAAGCUCUCUUAGCACCAGAGUGGGGCAUCUUACCUGGACCUCCCUUCUAAUCAGGUGUAUGCAGAGAUGUGAAGAAUUUUGGAACCAUCAAGAGACAACAAUGACACACAGACAGUGGCAGUGAUGCUACCACAUUUGACUUCUUUCCCUUGAAGAAUUGUUACAGAAAAGCAAUGGAGCCUAUAUCCGUCCCAAUGGUUUCUUUCUCAGAACCCGAUGAAGUGAACACUAACCUCACCUCUCGCAGAAACAUUACUGACAAUGGGACUGUGGUUGAAUCUUCAAUAUCAGGAAUGAGUUCUAUCCUAAUCCCCUUUAUUUACCUGUUGGUAUGUGCCAUUGGACUUAGCGGCAACACAUUGGUCAUCUACGUGGUCCUCCGUUAUGCUAAAAUGAAGACUGUAACCAACAUUUACAUCCUGAAUCUGGCUGUGGCUGAUGUACUUUUUAUGUUGGGGCUGCCUUUUCUUGCUACCCAAAAUGCUAUCUCCUAUUGGCCAUUUGGAACAUUUCUUUGCAGACUAGUGAUGACGGUGGAUGGCAUCAACCAAUUCACCAGCAUAUUUUGCCUUACUGUGAUGAGUAUUGACCGCUACUUGGCAGUGGUCCACCCUAUAAAAUCAACAAAGUGGAGGAGACCUAGGGUGGCAAAACUUAUUAGUGCCACAGUUUGGACUUUUUCAUUCCUAGUUGUCCUCCCAGUCAUCAUCUUCUCAGAUGUCCAGCAAGAUUUACUCACCUGCAACAUAAAUUGGCCAGAACCUAUAUAUACCUGGUCUACGGCGUUUAUAAUCUACACUUCUGUGUUGGGUUUUUUUGGACCUCUGCUGGUGAUAUGCCUCUGUUACCUUUUAAUUGUCAUUAAGGUAAAGUCAUCAGGUCUCCGAGUUGGAUCCACAAGGCGUCGAAGAUCAGAACGCAAAGUCACAAGAAUGGUUGUCAUUAUAGUAGCGGUUUUUGUAUUCUGCUGGCUUCCGUUCUACAUACUUAACAUUGUAAAUUUGACAUUUAUUGUGCCCGAGGAGCCAGCCUUUGUUGGAAUUUAUUUUUUUGUGGUUAUCCUUUCUUAUGCCAACAGUUGCGCCAACCCCAUCCUUUAUGGCUUCCUCUCAGACAAUUUCAAGCAGAGCUUCCAGAAGGUUCUCUGCCUUCGCAAGAGUAACGGCAUCAAAGACGCUGACCUCACAGAGAAUAGGCAGGAAAAAAGCAGUCGAGUUCAAGAGACAAUGUUGCCUUCUCGAAACUCUGAGAUAAAUGGGCACAUGCAAACAAGCAAAGUCUAAAACUUAACCUUCUAGAUUCAGGAAUAUGGAAAUGUUUAUAGAGUACUUGAGGCAAAAGAUGAAGUGUUCAUAAAAUGGAAAUUAGAAUCCGUGCACUAAUGGCAUUCAGUAUGGAAUCUAUUUAAAGAUGAAAGUGUUUAUACAUACAUUCAUAUAUGACAUUGGUUGAUUGACAUUUAAAAGAAGCUCAGCUCCAGUAUUUAUAUAUAAGUAUAUGUAAUUUAUGGUUUCAUUGUUGCUGGUAUUUUUCAUCGUCUUUUGCUACCUUUGCAUUACCGUUCAUGAAUACAGAGAAGUAUUGACUGUUUUGUAGUCAAUUUAUACGUUUUUAUCUUUUUUUUCUGUACAGUAUAUUUUGGAUGCAGCUGUAAAACAAUUUUUGUGGUUUUUUUUGGUCAAAUUUGAAUUUGGCGCAUAGAAAAACACAGCUUUGUAAAACUAAUACAUUUACCUUAUCCGUGCUGGAGUGUUCAAUGUGUGAGUAACUAUAUUUGCACUUUACCUUAAUUUGUUUGUCAGACUGUCUGGCAUUAAAAAUUAAAUGAAUGUAACUAUAUGUUUAAUGUGAUUUGUGGUCAGUUAUUUUCCCAGCACAUUUUCAGAUAGAUGUAUU